UCCUUGUUUUAGCACUUUCUCCACAAUUAUUGGCGGGAAAUUCCUAAAAGUUUGAUACUGAUGCUGAGUUGAUGUGCUCAUCAUAUUCAAUCAAGAAUGGGGAGACCAUAAUGGAAGUUGAAAGAUAUGACAUUGAAGAUAAGAUACAGACAAUACCUGAAAAUGGCAACACAAGUUUGGCAGACAGUAAGACGAGCAUUGCUGACCUCACAUCUGAAGAAGAAAUAACUACAACUGACUCUCUUGUUAUUGAAUGUGGCAGUAUAAGAGUUGGCAGUCUGAAAGGAACAUCUUUGGUACCAGUAAUUAUUUCCACCAAGUAUAUUGAAUUUAAAUUUUUGAUAGAAGGAGUGAGGAUUGUACAUUGCAUAAAGUUACAGUCAGAUGAUAUAUUACAGUGUCUCUAUGGACAGACAUAUGGUGUCAUAUUUAUAGUAACAAACAUUGAAGCUGGAAGUAAAAUUAGGAGUGUCCUUGGCAUGAAGAAAAAGGUUAAAGGAAAAAAGUCAUACUUGGACCCUGGUGGUUCAGUUGGACAAGGUUUAUUUGUGACUUUGUUUAUUGCCUUUUCAUGCAAUCUACAAAUUGAACAGCUAAAAAGUGUUUUACAAUGCUACAAGAAUUUUGCUAAUGAAGAAUUUUUGAUAGAACUUGAUGAACAUUCAGAGCAUAAAAUUUUGUGUGAGACAUCGCCAAAUACUGGACAAGAAAAGAAAGAAUUAGUGAUUUUAAAGGCAUUGACCAGAGCAGCUUCUACAGACUUUAACAACAAUUUUGUCUCAGGGGAAGCAACUCAAACAACCGUUGAGAUGUACAAGUUCAAACCAGAAGGUGAAAUAAAGUCUUUCUAUGUACCAGUUUUGGGACCUGGCGGUCAUGUUGAUAAAAGAUUGCAUCAAGCUAUAGAAUGGUGUUCAGACUGUGGACCUUGUCCAGGAAAAUGUGUUGGUUACCUUUCUGUUAUAAUUGUAUUGUUCUGGAUUUUCCUUCUGCAAAAGUCAUAAAACAAUAAAUGAACAGUAUUUUUGUCUUAUGUUGGUGAAUAGAUAUUGUAUUUUGUAAAAGUAAGGAUAGGAAAGUCUUCCCAUCAUUAAAGUAUUGUAAAGAAUUUAAA